AUGUAUCUGAUUACUGUAAAGGUGACUUUUGUGGAGGAGAAUCAACAGGAACACCAGGCGCCCCAGUGCAUUGGUGGCAGCGGAGGACGGCAGUUGGUGCCAGGCGUCUUGCCAGUCACUGAUCAGUCGUCCACAGGUUUCCAGAAGCAGAAAGACGUAGCUGGAGGAGACAAACCGAUUCAGGUUCAACAGCAGCAGAUCAAGGGACCAUCUCCCAUUCAGGUGACUUUUGUGGAGCAGAAUCAACAGGAACACCAGGCGCCCCAGUGCAUUGGUGGCAGCGGAGGACGGCAGUUGGUGCCAGGCGUCUUGCCAGUCACUGAUCAGUCGUCCACAGGUUUCCAGAAGCAGAAAGACGCAGCUGGAGGAGACAAACCGAUUGAGGUUCAACAGCAGCAGAUCGAGGGACCACCUCCCAUUCAGACACGCUGCUUCAUCUGGCUCAGCUGUUGA